AUGCAACACCAAGUUCAUAUCCUUCUUCAUGUAAAUGUUUUAAAAUAUCAGGUACUUCUUUAUAAUAUUGUAUAAUUUGGCCCUGAGAAUCUAUAAUGUCAUUUGCUUUCCUUAAAUAAAUUCAAUAGAAAUUUUCAACAAUAAUAACAAAAUUAUAUAUUUAUAUUAUAUUUUGUUAAAAUUAUAUUUUUCAAUUUACUUUUUAAAAGGAGGAGUAACAUGAGUAUCAACCCAAAAUGGCCAUAAUGUAUAAUCUGAAAUUGUUAUUUUAUUUAUUCUAUAGUUACUAUACAUAAUAGUAGUAACACAUUUCUUUAAAAAAAGUAAUUAUAAAAAAGAGAAAAGUAGAGAAAAUUUUUAACCUAAAUCAAAAACAAUUAUUUUUGGUUUACGAUUUGUCUCACACAUUUUUUGAUUAUAAUUUUUAUUAUUUAUAAAUUGGAGUUAUCGAAUAAAUAGUAUUGACAGAAUUUACACAGUUUUAUAAAUUAUGUAUAUUUAAAAUAUAACUUCUUUUUAAGAUUGAAGAUACAUUUGUAUUUAUUAUAUGGUUAUAUAGAAAAGAUGUAGUUAUAUAGUCUUAAUAGUACUACAGUAGUACUAUCUCUGCUAAAUGAUAUGUACUAAAAUCAUUGUGCAAUGAUGGAACAUUGGCUCCCGGCAAAAGAAUAAUCUCUUCUUACUCUAUGUUUAAGAGAGUUUUCUUUAUAACAUUUCUAUAUACAUGCUUAAAGAGUUUUCUUUAUGUGAUACUUUCACAGUAUGUGGUAACCAAUGUAUGUCGUAUUUAAGGUUGCAUUGAAUCUAUCCAAAACAACCAAUCAGACCGGUAUUCAUUUCAGAUGCCUUUAUUUUGUCCCUGCACAGUACUUACUAGCAGUCGCAAAAAAAUUACUUUAUAUAUAAAAAAUAAUUUUAUUACGUUUAAAUUCGAUUUUAUAUUUUCUUUAAUAAAAAAAUUCUAUAAAAUCAUUAGAUUUUCAUGUACACGAAAAUUUAUUAUUUUCAAAAGUAACCAAUAACAUUAAAUUCCUUUGUUUCUUUGCACCCAAUCAUAAAUGGACAUGCAUGUUAAGGCGAUUUUCUAACUUGUAUAAACCUUCAAUUUUGUUCAUCUUGUUCGGUGUAGUAGCGUCAAUCUCAUCUAGCGAUCUUAGGGAUUCGUGAAGUGUCGAUUAAAAAUUAUUAUUAAAUUUAUCAUAAAGAAUCAUUAUUUUAAAUAAUAACGUUUGAAGGUAUUCACGUACGUUGUAUUUCUUUAUAUAAUUAACAGUAAUAAGUAUUCAUACUAUUUGCACGUUGCAAAGAUCACGAAUAUGUAAUUUGUUACAUAGCACGCUGUGGGAAUUGUUUUUAUCAAAUUGUAUUGAUUCUUAAACUAAUUUUAGCUUUUUUGUAUAUAUUGUUGUAAGAUUUCAUAAUUACAUUAUUUCAUAAUUACAUUAAUUUGAACAAAAAAAGUAAUAUAUUUUUUAUAUCAUAUAUUUGAAACAAUUUUAUGUUAUUGCUUUUCAUAUUGUAAGACUGUUUUUUUUAAUCAUUUUUAAUUUAUUUAAUUUUUAUUUUAACUUUUGUUUAAUUUAAAUUUGAAAAGUAUGUAAACUUAUAUCUGGUGACGAUGUUUACAUUUUAGUCUUCUAUAACACAUUAUAUUUGUUACAGAAAUGUCUGAAUCCGAUUUAUUAGCUGCUGAUCAUAUUGAUGGUCUAGAUGGACUUGAAAAUGGUCAAGAUGGAGAUGCCAUUAUGCAGUGUGACAGUGUAAAACGUGAAUUGAAUGAAGCAAAUAUUGAUGAUCCGGAAUUAGAGGCUAUCAAAGCACGUGUCAGAGAAAUGGAAGAAGAAGCAGAAAAAUUAAAACAAUUACAAUCUGAAGUGGACAAACAAAUGAAUAUGGGUAGUCCACCUGGAAUAAGUUGAUUACGGCGCUACUGCAGAAGAAUUGGAGCAACAUUUUCAUGGUUGUGGCAGUGUUAACAGAGUAACAAUAUUGUGCAAUAAAUUUGAUGGACAUCCCAAAGGUUUUGCUUAUAUAGAAUUUGCAGAACGUGAUUCUGUACAAACAGCUAUGGCUAUGGAUGAAUCGAUGUUCAGGGGACGUCAAAUUAAAGUAAUGCCUAAAAGAACAAAUAGACCUGGAUUAUCAGUGACAAAUAGGUACUUUAAAAAUAUAUAACAUUUAUAUUAUAUCUAUAUAUAACGACUACAAUAUACUGAAAUAACAUUUAGGGGACCACGAGGAGCACGAGGUUAUCGAGGUAUAGCAAGAGGAAUCAUACGUGGCAGUGCAUAUUUUGGAUAUAGACCUAUAAGGCGACCUAGGUAUGUUGAUAGAAUUAAAAAUAUAAAAAUUCAAACAAGAUAAAAUAUCUUCUCUUUCUAAUAUUUUUGCACAUAGGAGUUAUAGACGAGGGUACUACAUGCCAUACUGACCGUUUUAAUGUAUUUUAUCGGAAUUUUGCAAAUUAAGGUAAGUUUUUAUAUUAUUGUGAUUUAUGAAUUAUUUUGUUUAUACGAUUGUUCAAACAAAAUAAUAAAAUUUUUAUAUAUAAAAUAAUCGUACGUUAAACAGGAGAUAUUUAUGAUAUUUUGUAUUAUACAAUUAUAUUGCAAAAUUAAAAAUAGUUUUGUUUGAACAAUCAAUAUAUGUAUUAUGAAAGAAUGCAUUUAUAGGAAAAGCAGUGAAAUAAAUUUCUGAAAUAAUAUUUCAAAAUUAUAAAUACUAAAAUAAAUGAUGAAAUAAACUAUUAAAAUAUUCACUAGCUAUUCCUGAGUGAAUGUAAAACUAUUAUUUUUCCAGUGACAGUUAUUAUAUUUACUAGAUUGUUUUUUUAAUAUCCUGAUGUAUCUAUAUAAUUUAGCUUAUAAAAUUAUAAAUUUAUAACAUCAAAUAAUUUAAAACUGAAAACAUAAAGUAUCCAUAGAAUUUUUAGAGUGGAUAUUAUGGAACUUAUAUCUAGAUACAUUAGCUUCCUUAGGAAAUGCUAUACUCUGUGCUCUAAAUUCGUAUUCAUCCUUAACACUUGGCCAUGUUUUAAAUAUUAUUAAAAACGGAACACCUAUAUAUAUAUUAAAACAAUAUUUACAUAUUCUUAUUGUAUUCUAUAGAAAAAUAUAAUUAUACAACACUUUGCUAUUUUAAAAAUAUUUACAAAUCUAAAUAUUUUAUAUUGUGAUAUUCUUAAAUAAAUGUUCAUAUUUAUAUUAUAGAAUAUGGCCAUGUGAACUGUAAUAUUAAAUAUUGUAAGUUUUUGUGCAUAUCUUGUUUAUAGGUUACACAAAACUUACAUAUUUCUAUGAACACGCAUUACACUAUCAUGCAGUUAAGAUGUUUAAGUAAAUUCUUAUGAUAUGUCCACAGAAAAAAAAACUGAUACGAUGGGAAAAAAAAGAGAAAGAAAAAACCUCAUGUCAAAAGAAAAAAAAAAAGAUUGGACAAAGAUGGGCACAAUUAUUCAUAUUUGAUUUAAUAAAUCUUCAUAUAAAAAUUACAAAUGUAGAUCAGCGAUAAUUUGCAAUUGCAGUUCAAUUGUGUUUUUAUUUAAUUUACAAUAAGAUCCAAUCUUGUAUUAUCAGCCUUUAUUAGUUUCCAAGAACUUCACUUUGUUUGGAUUACAAAAAUAUGUAAAACAUUGGAAUGUUAAUAAUAUUAUAUUAAUGUGUAUAAAAAAUGCACUGAUUGUGUAAACGCAUAUAUGUCCAUAUAUACGUACACGUACACAUGCAAGUAUAUAACUCUAUAAAUAUUAAAUAUUAUUUUAGCACAAAAAAUGUAAGACAUUUUGAGAAAAUUUAUGUUUGUAUCUUGGGUUAUUCCAAAAUAAAAAAAUGUAUCAUUCCUUUUUAUAUGCAUAUCUAAAUAAUUGUGACAUAUCGUCGUCCUUAUGUUACUUUUCUCUUUGUAAUUGUUUCUUUGAUUUAGAAUAAUUUAGAUACUAAUUUCUGAACUGUAAUUUUUGUUUUUUUUUUUAGAUUUGACAUAUUUGCAUUUAUUGAAAAAUUCAAAUAUUUUUUUUAUUUGUUGAAAUUUUUAUUUAGCUUAGUAUAAUGAACUAUUAUGCAUUUAAAAUUAGAUUUUUUCCUAUUUAAAUAGAAAGAUCAUCGAUUUUAAAUUACAUGAUUAUGAUUGCGACUGUUAAUAAAGAUGAUAAUAGUAUUAAAUAAGAUAAUAAAUUGUACACAAAGAAAUCAAUUUUUGUAGUAUACGCGAUAUUCAGAAAAAUAUACUAGCGAUUUAGAAAAUGAUUUUAAUAAAUUAUAAUAUAGCAAUAAUAAUUUUAGAAAUAUUUUUGGUAUAACAUAAAGGCUGAUAUUAUGGCUAAAAGUAAAAUUCUAGAUGUGACUAUUUAAAUAAUGUUAUUACAAUAUAAUUUUUGUAAUAACUUAAUGUGUUAAAUAAUUUCAGUUAUAUAAGCAUAAAAUGAAAAGAAGAUUGAACUGCAAUGUAAAUAUCUAGAGUAAUAUCAUAUUACUAUAAUUUAUGGUAACUUUUGUAUACACAGUAAGUGAAAGUUGCGAGAUUAAAAAUUGUUAUAAUUUCUAAAACGACAUUUUAAUAAUAUAUGCAACUUUCAUUUAUUUAUUACUAACUAUACAUCCUCAAUUUUAUCUCAAAACAUAUUGCUACUAAUUUGUAAGAUGCGUGUAAAAUGUUUUUGAACUAUUAAUCCACUAUGCUAUGAUGUUAGGAGGAGAGCCAAGUUUCCACAUAUUAAUAAUCGAACCACAUUUCGUAACGUUACUUCCAUGUCGCUAAGUAUUUUGCAGGUGCAGUGCAGCAUCAGCAUCAAUUGAGUGAUAAUCAUUCAAAUUUCAUGAACAAUUUUUACGUUCCAUUAAGAAAAACAAAGAAAGAAAGAAAAGAAAAAAAGAAAAGAUAAUUAACAUAUAAAUGUAAUAUAUAAAUGUAACAUGAUUGGGUGGUCAAUAAAGAUUUUCUUGGCUUAAAUAUCAUAUGUUGAAUAUAUUAUUGAAUUUACAAAUAUUUAUAUUAAUAUUAUUAUAAAGAAUAGGUAAAAUAAAAUUAACGUCACAAAGGAUUAGUGAUUUGCGUUUAUUAACAUUUAUAGUAUUUAAAUCGACAUUUUUACAAUUCAAUUAAUAUUAUCAGAUGAAUAAAUUUUAUUCUCAUACAAAUUAAUAAUAUUUUAAUAACAGAUAUAA